CGCAGGGGAUUAUUCACGUUGCGCAUCGCAAAUCGCGUGGCAUUCGAGCCCGAAGUCGUCCCGAAACUCUGCUUGACCGGAAAGGCCGUCCCUCGCAGCACGACGGUGGAAUUGUCCCGACUCGAAGUUCCGGCGGACAUGGCCCUCUGGCCCUCGUUCCACAACGGAGUGGCGUCCGGGUUGCGGAUCCGCAGUGGCGACAAAUCCAUGUGUUCCAGCUGGGUGGUGUUUAACAAGCCGCAAAUUACCCCGGGUGCCACGCCGGCAGUCGUGGCCAACACUGUGGCCCAACACGGAGGGUUUCUGCUGGCCAUGGGCCUCAACGGGCACCUGAAGCACUUGGCGUCGUUGAAUGCGCAUGAUUACUUGCGGCAGUGUAAGGAGUUGGUCACUGUCGGGAUGCUGUUGGGGAUGGGCGCGGAUUUUUGUGGGACGCAGAAUUUGAAUGUGCUGAAGUUGAUUACUUUGCACAUGGAAGCAAUGACGGUUCCAACUCCAGUGGACCUGGACAUUGCUAUGCCUGUUCAAACAGCUGCAGCAAUUAGCUUAGGAUUAUUGUACAUGGGAUCUGGGGAUGGACACAUUUCCAGGGUUUUGCUAGAAGAAAUUGGAAGGCCACCUGGACCAGAAAUGGAUGACAGCAAGGACAGGGAGUCUUACUGUCUUUCUGCUGGCCUGGCGCUUGGCAUGGUUUGUCUUGGCAGAGGAGAAGAGAUUCUUGGAGAGGGAGCUAAACGUCCUUGCUUUGAUUCCAAAACCCCUAGGACUUUGGCAGACACCCUAACCGUGACGGACUGGUUGUCGUUGCCCGCGACUGCCUACGGUUUGGACUGCGUUCGACCGGAUCUGAUCAUGCUGAGAGUGAUCAGCAGAGGCUUGAUCCUGUGGAGCAAAAUCCAGCCGAAAGAUGACUGGGUCAAGGAUCAAAUCCCGAGCUACAUCCCGAAAUGCAUCCCCAAGGUGCUGGGGGUUUUGCCUGGCGAACCCUCGACGGGUCUUCGGUUAUCGCUGACUGAUCGAUCCGUCCUGGGAGAUGAAGAGGAUGACACUGAGUUUGGGGAAACGCAGGACUUGGAGCUCAUGUCACAAGCGUACUGCAACGUGGUAGCCGGAAGUUGCCUGGUGAUGGCGAUGAGAUUCGCCGGAAGCGGCGACAAGACCGCCUUUGAAGUGAUUUACAGGUACGCCAAGGCGUUUCUCAAGCUUGUCGGCCGACAGAAUCCCGCACUUCGAUUACAAUCCGACUUUAUUCAUCGAGCGACUGUGAUGAAUUGCGUAGGAGUGCUUACGUUGAGUCUAGGUGUCCUUAUGGCCGGCACGGGGGACUUGAAGUCACUCAAGGUGUGUCGGGCGAUUCAUUUCAAGACUGCCCUGAGGCAUUUGAUCGUCAUGGCUGCGGAGCCGCGACAUCUGGUGCCGUUCUUGGUCCCGUCUGUUCACGUGGAAGACGAUUCCGGGAUGCCGGUGUCGGCCAAAUUGUUUGUGGUUUGCCGACCGGACGGUCAUUUGGUUGGCAGUGACAAGUCGCAGGGAAUUGUUCAGUUGCCCGGGCUUCUGCCCGAACUGGACACUGUGGAGAGCAUCAAGCUUGUCGGGAAGCGGUUCUGGAGCUACGGUUUUGAGCGAGGCAAACCCAGCUGGGAUUUACUCAUGGACAUCAUGAGGAAAAGAUCGGGAUACACGCCUGUGCAAGCCAGACAAGGUGCGGAAACGUACGAAAUCGAUCCAUCGGGAUUCCGAUCGCGGAAAGCAGCGUUGCUGACCUCCAGUCACGGCGUAACUUGGACUUAUCAAAGUUGUGAUGUGAGCGCAUUCCUCGGGUUGCCUGGGAUCGCGGAAAUACCCGAAUUCAUCCUGGGUUCGGCAUCACCCGAAGACGCGGAUGCCAAAGAAAGGGCCGAACACGAUCGAAUAACCACGUUGUUUUUCGAGUACGUGACUCAAGGCAGGAUCAUCGCCUUUGGUGAUGCUUUAAUGCUUAGCAAUAUCGCGAGAAGUUUGAAGGACGGUUGCAGCAAGAAGGACUUUUGCUCUCAGUUGACGGUGUGCACGAGGCUCCGGCAGAUGUCGCUCGCCAUCGCGUAUCAUCUUCAAGCCCUGAGGCAUUUGAUCGUCAUGGCUGCGGAGCCGCGACAUCUGGUGCCGUUCUUGGUCCCGUCUGUUCACGUGGAAGACGAUUCCGGGAUGCCGGUGUCGGCCAAAUUGUUUGUGGUUUGCCGACCGGACGGUCAUUUGGUUGGCAGUGACAAGUCGCAGGGAAUUGUUCAGUUGCCCGGGCUUCUGCCCGAACUGGACACUGUGGAAAGCAUCAAGCUUGUCGGGAAGCGGUUCUGGAGCUACGGUUUUGAGCGAGGCAAACCCAGCUGGGAUUUACUCAUGGACAUCAUGAGGAAAAGAUCGGGAUACACGCCUGUCCAAGCCAGACAAGGUGCGGAAACGUACGAAAUCGAUCCAUCGGGAUUCCGAUCGCGGAAAGCAGCGUUGCUGACCUCCAGUCACGGCGUAACUUGGACUUAUCAAAGUUGCGAUGUGAGCGCAUUCCUCGGGUUGCCUGGGAUCGCGGAAAUACCCGAAUUUAUCCUGGGUUCGGCAUCACCCGAAGACGCGGAUGCCAAAGAAAGGGCUGAACACGAUCGAAUAACCACGUUGUUUUUCGAGUACGUGACUCAAGGCAGGAUCAUCGCCUUUGGUGAUGCUUUAAUGCUUAGCAAUAUCGCGAGAAGUUUGAAGGACGGUUGCAGCAAGAAGGACUUUUGCUCUCAGUUGACGGUGUGCACGAGGCUCCGGCAGAUGUCGCUCGCCAUCGCGUUCAUGCAACAAGUUCUGCCCGAUUCCAAGCGGACCAAGCAGCUGGUGGAAGACUUUGAAGACGAUGCUGACGUUGUUCAGGAUGUGCCGUUGGUCACUGAUGCUGCUGGCACUGCCUUGAGAUCCCUGGCCUCGGACUCUGUCGACGGCUGGCGAAAAGAAUUGUUGCCGUAUUUGCGAAGCUAUUUCGGCUGGGAAUCGAAGGCAUCCACGACAGGUGUGACGAUGGAGAUGUCGACGGAAAUCAGUCCUGAUUUCAGCAUGAAACUUGCCAUGUUUCUCGAGUUUUACCGAUUACCUUUUGUGCCGCCAUCGAGCAUGAAGGGUGAACCGAGUGCGUGGGAAUGGCCAGAGUGGAGAAGAACAGGGGUGAUGGAAAAAAUGAAUAUCGGGGUUGCGUUGGACCUAUACAACGAAGCUAUCCUGUGUUCCGAAUCAACAAAGUGAUGCUUUUCCCGCGUGCGCAUUCAAAAUGAAAAAUUUUUUUACGAUUUUUUUUCACGUGAAAUAAAAUUUUGACAUGCGCUCCUUGAA